AUGGAAGGUUUGGUGGGCCAUGGACCCUUAGUGCCAUCGACGCGAUUCACGUUAGCGAUUGUGUGUUUUUUUGGAUGCCUGGUCACCUAUACACUGCGAACGAACAUGAGCUUUGCGAUUGUUUGCAUGACAACAGAAAACAAAACAACCGAAGUGGAAGUAGGAAAACUGAACAAAUGUGGGAAGGAAAUAGUAGCUGAAGAAACUCUAGAUGAUGUAAUUGGCGAAUUCGAUUGGAGCAAAGCAACUCAAGGGCACAUACUUGGUGCGUUCUUUUGGGGCUAUCUCGGAAGUCAGGUUUUGGGUGGUUACCUUGCUUCCCGAUUUGGUGGGAAGCGAGUUAUUCUUAUCACCAUUCUUGGUUCUUCUCUGCUCACCUUGGCGAGUCCUAUAGCAGCUCGUGCUCAUGCCUAUGUCUUGGCUGGCUUGCGUGUAGCUAUCGGUUUUCUGCAGGGUGCCACUUUUCCAGCUAUGCACACCAUGUGGUCGGUGUGGGGUCCUCCUCUUGAGUUAUCUGUUCUGACUGGCGUCACUUACGCUGGUGCUCAGAUCGGAAAUGUUUUCGUGCUGCCUCUUUCUGGUUUUCUUUGUCAGUUUGGGUUUGAUGGCGGAUGGCCUAGCAUUUUUUAUACGCUCGGUAGUCUCGGAAUAGUAUGGUGUAUUUUUUGGAUGUACAUGGUAUCGGAUAGACCUAGCAAUCAUCCUCGAAUUUCUGAGGCUGAAAAACAAUAUAUAAUAACGGCAAUUGAAGAAAGUGUUGGAAAGCAUACAGGAAAGCAUCCUCCAACCCCGUGGAAAAGCAUAAUAACAUCUCGCGCGGUCUGGGCUUGCUGGUUCGGUCAUUUUGCUGGUGACUGGGGAGCAUACACAAUGCUAGUGUCACUUCCUUCAUAUUUGAAAGAUGUCUUAGGACUGGACUUGUCAUCGCUUGGUAUUCUGUCGGCAAUUCCUUAUGUUGCAUACUUCAUUGUUAUCAACAUUGGAGGUGUUCUUGCCGAUUUCAUCCGCAGUAAGAAAAUCCUUGGUACUCUCAACACUCGUCGAGCUGCGAUGCUUAUAGCUUUGCUCGGUCAGGCAACAUUCCUUGUACUUUCCGGUUACUGUGGGUGUGGACAGGAGGCCCUUGUUAUAGUGUUCAUUACGGCUGGAAUGGCCAUUUCUGGUCUGCAGUAUUCUGGUUUCGUGGUAAACUAUCUUGACAUAGCUCCUUCAUUCUCUGGCACUAUAAUGGGAAUGGGCAACACUAUAUCCUGCUUAGCCGGAAUUGGUUCGCCGAUGAUCACAUCGGCUCUCACACCAAAUGGUUCCCAAGAAGAGUGGCAAAGCGUUUUGUGGUUCACAGCUGCUAUCCUAACAACUGGUGCUUUGAUUUUCACGUUAUUCGCUAGUGGAGAAGUCCAAGAGUGGGCUAAGCACAAAGGAGUGGACUCAUCUGAAGAAUUACCGCUGAAAACAGUAGAGUUGACCUUUGAAAAGAAUGCUCAUUAG